AUGUCGAAUCCGUUGCUAGAACCCUCCCCGUUGGAGUUUGGGUUCCCUCAAUUCGAUUUGUUGACGGAUGAGUACUUUGUGGAGGCGUUUCAGUUGGGGAUGAAGGAGAGUAUGGAUGAGUUGAACCGUAUUGCUACUGUGCCUGAAGCUCCUACUUUCGAAAACACAUUUGUGGCGUUGGAGAAGAGAGGCCAAGUUCUUAGACGUGCUAGGACAAUUUUUGACAACCUGGUGGCUGUUCAGUCUACUCCGGAGCGCGAGAAGAUCCGCACAGAGUUUGCUACAAAAUUCGCUGCUCACGAUGAUGAAGUACGCUUGAACCCGGAGCUGUUCCAGAGAAUUAAACAAGUCUAUGAAGCGAAACUGUCCCUUGACCCAGAGAGCCAGCGUCUUGUUAAAGAAUACUACGAGGAUUGCGUGAGGGAAGGCGCCAAUUUAAACAGCGAGAAGAAGACUGAGCUGAAGGAGUUGAACAGCAGACUCGCCGAACUAGAGACCACGCUGGAACAAUGGGUUGUUAAGGGACGCGGCGAGGCGACGGUAUAUUUUGACAACAAGGAAGAUUUAGACGGACUAGACGAUACAGAAGUCUCCGAGGCCGAGCAGCUAGCUAAGGAGAAAGGUGACAACACCAAGGGCAGGUACGCCAUUGAGCUCGUAAAUACUACUCUCCAGCCGGUUCUUGCUAAAUUGAAGGUGCGCGCAUCCAGGAAAAAAGUGUUCGAUAGCAGUAUCGCACGCGGAAUUUCGGGUGGUGAAUACGAUGUUCAAGAGAUUUUUACAGAAGUCCUGCGACUAAGACAUGCCAAGGCAGAAUUACUCGGCUUCAAGUCAUACUCCGACUACAAUUUGUCCGACGAGACUGCUGGAAACGCAGACGCUGUCAUGAAUUUCCUCAAGAAGUUUGUUGAACCUGCAGCUAGGAAUGUUCAGCGAGAGAUAGCGAAGGUCAACGAAGUGGCUAAGAAGUUAGAUCCUGAUCAGUUUGGAAAUGGCGGAAUUGAAGCAUGGGAUUAUGAAUACUACAUCAACAAGAUGUCGUCUCAAGAGUAUGACAUUGAUCUGAAUAAAUUGCCGCCAUACUUGGAAGUUCAUCAGGUGAUGCAUGAGGGUUUGUUCUAUGCUGCGAAGAAGCUUUAUGACAUAACUUUCAAGCCCAGAUUUGAUCUGCCGUUGUACAGACAACCCGCUUCUGAUAAGAAAUCUUCCGAUGAGCAAUUCUCGAUUCCGAAUGAUGUAGAGACCUACGACGUUUUUGAUAAGGAUGGUACCACCAAGUUGGCGAUAAUGAUCGUUGAUUACUAUGCCAGACCCGACAAGAACGGAGGCGCUUGGAUGACACUGUAUAAUGGCCAAAGCCGGCUCUUGAAUCAAAAGCCAAUCAUUGGUCUGCAGCUUAAUGUAUCAAAGCCCAAGACCGAAGGGGUCCCUGCUCUGAUGAGUUGGGAUGAUGUGGAGACAGCUUUCCAUGAGUUCGGUCACGGCUUGCACGGUAUUUUCUCUGAUGUGAACUAUCUGAGAUUCACUAGUCCUCAUGUGCCUCGAGAUUUCGUGGAGUAUCCAUCGCAAGUAAAUGAGAUAUGGAUUACUGAUCGCGACAUAUUGAGCAAUUACCUAAAGCAUUAUCAGACAAAGCAAGCUCCGGAGGACGUGUCGAUAAUCGAUAAGCUCACGAAUGACAAUGUCGGUCGCUUUGCUUACAUGACCAUGGAGUAUCUUCAGUCGACAAUGUUGGAUUUUGUUUUGCAUGCUUACCCUAGGACAUGCGCGGCCGCUGACCACACCUGCCAGGCGGCAUCAUCAACAGACUUCGACGUACUAGUACCAGGCAAGUUCCUUGAAUGGGAAAACAACACUUUGAAGAAGGUUGGUCUUUACGUUCCUCAGAUUCAUCCGCGCUACCAUUUAGGAUAUUUCACUCACACGUUUGCAGGUUAUUCAUCCCUUUACUACGCUUACCUCUGGUCUGAGGUCCUUGACGCACACACUGCCAACUGGAUUAAAGAGAACGGUGGAUGCAACGUACGGAAUGGUGAUGCAUUCAGAAAGCACAUUCUUAGUGCUGGAAACAGCAGAGACCCUGUCCAGCAGUUUUUGAAGCUGGUCGGCGCUUCGGAGCCUGAUGUAAAUCACCUCUUGAAGCGCAAGCACAUGCUUGAUUAG